AUGACUUACAUACCAAAGAUGCUCUUCAAUAUUUUACUAUUCAUUGGUACUGCAGUUGCUUCUGGAAUUUCUAGUUUUAGCGUUCCAGAAGGUUGUAAGCCAGUAACCCCAGUAAAUCCUGGGUUGAACGCUGUAUUUUAUGACUAUCCGUUUAACAAUUUAGAUUUAGAUAGUGAUAUGGAAUAUAUGUCCUCUGGUUAUAAAGUCAACAACCCUCCUGUCGCAUACGCAUACAAUGUUACUGACCUCAAAAUUGAUUACUAUAUGCAACAAUAUGUUGAGACAGACAUUCAAAAUGUUUAUGGUGCCGAUGUCAAUGUUGCACAUUUCUUGGUUGAACUUACUGGUUAUUUCUAUGCUACUGAAACGGGUAACUAUACUUUCCAAGUUUACGCUGACGAUGGUAUGUUGUUUCGUAUUGGUUCUGGUAUGGCUUUCACUUGUUGCAAUACCGAAGAUUUAGGUAAUACAGGUGGAAUGCUUAGUUUCGGAAUGAGUAAUAAUCCAACAUUUUAUUUAAAAGCCGGUCAAUACUAUCCAAUUGCAAUUACCUAUGCAAACGCGGUCUACUACCUUGCACAACUUGAAUUGACGUACACUUUACCAAGUGGACUUAAGUCCACAGGGGGUGACUUCUAUUUCAAUACUGUCAACGAUCCUCUGCAACCAUGUGCCGCAAACAUUAUAUAUGACACUAUUGUUUGGACAGGAUCAGAUGUUCAAACUUCAACCUUGCCUCACGAUAGUUCAGCAACGGAAUAUACCAUCGACAUCUUCACACCACAACCUACAACCAGUUUUACGAAGUAUUGGACAGGAUCAGAAAUCGUUUCAUCUAUUUACACGGAGAGCUCAACUGUUUUUGUUGAGGUAUUGAAACCUGAAGUUGCCACAACUACUACAAUUACUUGGACUGGCUCUGAAUCCUCUUCCACAACCAUAUACCCUUCCAACGAUGACGGAACCAAAACAAUUGAGGUUUUUGUUCCAGAACCUACAUCUACUUUCACCACAAUUUGGACCGGAUCUGAAGUUAGCAAGUCUACAUAUACUGAAGAUAGUACUGUUUACGUUGAAGUAUUUACACCAGAGGCUGCUAUCACAAGAACUACCGUAUGGACUGGAGCUGAAGCAUCUACUACAACAAUUUACCCAAGCAACUUGGAAGAAACAAUUGUUGUUAGCGUAUUUGUUCCAGAGCCAACUGUCUCCUCCACCAUCGCCUGGACCGGAUCUGAAGCUUCUACUACCACUAUCUACCCAUCCAACUCCGAUGGUACCGUGACCGUUGAAGUCUACACUCCAGAACCAACCGUCUCAACUACCAUUGCCUGGACCGGAUCUGAAGCUUCUACUACCACCAUCUACCCAUCCAAUGCCGAUGGUACUGUGACCGUUGAAGUCUACACUCCAGAACCAACUGUCCACACUCCAGAACCAACCGUGUCAACUACCAUUGCCUGGACCGGAUCUGAAGCUUCUACUACCACCAUCUACCCAUCCAAUGCCGAUGGUACUGUGACCGUUGAAGUCUACACCCCAAUGACUACAAUUAGCACUAGUGCAUUCCCUACCUUUUCUGCUACAUCCUUCAGAACUUCUUCUGACUACGCACAUAUUACUUCAACUUUAGUUCCAAAGUACCUGAACAGCACUAUUACUAGCCUGAGCCAGCAUUCCACAUCUACCCUCUCCAAAAAUGAUAUUUCAACCACUGUUGUUACCGUUACAUCUUGUUCUGAUGGCGGAUGUACUAAGGUUCCUAUUACUACUGGUGCUACUGUUGUCACUGUUACCAACGACGAAGGUAUUACCUCUUACACUACUUUCUGUCCGUUGACUUCCAAAUCUGAUUCUGCACCAACUGGCUCUGAUGUCUCUUCAGCUGCUACCACUGUUCUUUCAGAUUCUACAAUCACCAAGAGCGAUAUUUCAACCACUGUUGUUACCGUUACAUCUUGUUCUGAUGGCGGAUGUACUAAGGUUCCUAUUACUACUGGUGCUACUGUUGUCACUGUUACCAACGACGAAGGUAUUACCUCUUACACUACUUUCUGUCCAUUGACCACAAGUGAUGUUGUCAACCAAGACAUCAAAUCUUCAUCCCCUCAAAAGCCUUCUCUUGAUGCCUCAUUGGAGUACACUAGAUCUGAGACAGAAACAAUACCUGUCACAACAUCUUUAGGUUUUGGUACUCCGUCAGUCACAAUGGCUAUUAAUUCCAAGACAAUAUUAUCAACUGGAGCACACACAACUCAAUCGGCAUCUAUUUCAUCUGUGGGCGCUAAUAUUGACCACAGCCCUAUUCUUUCGGAAGGUAAGGCUAACAAGAAAACAAUUUCGUCUUGUUUGACCUUACUCUCCAUUCUUUUGUUCAUUUAA